AUGGCAGAGAUGCGGAUCUCUCCCGGGUCGCUGUUGCGCUCUAUCCAUGGAGUGGCACAAGCCGUAAAGCUCUCGGAAGCAGAGACGGAGCCCAUCGUCCAGCGUCUGUCUGCGUCGACCGAGGGGCUUGAGCUCGCAGAAUGGCAAUCCUUGUUCGAGGACAUGAACUCGGACGACGAGGGCCACUCCCUCCACCACCUGGCGGGGGUCCUCGGCGUCGCCCUCGCUGUCUCGUUUCUGCGCGAGGCAGGCCGACACGACCGGAUAGCACGCCCGGACGAGCUCUAUCGAUGCUGGAACAUGGUCUACCGAGCCAUCAGCAGCAACGACGCCCCGGCCUUCGCCGCCUCGCGCAGUGCCCAGGGCUUCCUGUCCGUGCCGCUGUGCAGCAUCGUCAAGGACGGCAGCAUCGACGAGCUCUUCCGCCUCCACGUCUGGCUUCCGGACGGCAAGCGCGGCAACCCGGACUUCAGGCUGCACUCGCACCAGCCGUUCGCGCAGAGCUGGAUCCUAGCGGGCGCGGGCAAGGAUCGGUCGUGGGAGGUUGAGCAGGUCAACGACCCCGCCGAGGCCACGCACGCCGGCUACGCCCUCUCGUGGGCCGACGCCAAGGGGCAGGGCAGCGCGUACAAGACGCACCAGUCGUCCUCGACCGUCAGGAACACGGGGGACCUCUUCAGGGCCACGGAGACCUCCUCGCAGGUCAACGUCCUGGACUCGACGUACGUGGUCCCGGCCGCCCACUACCACACGUCGGAGGUGGCGCCGGACGCUCUGUGCGCGACGCUGUUCUUCUUCGACUCGCACCGGGGGUUCGUCAAGGACGCCGGCGUUCUCGGGCCCAGGGACGGGGAGUCUUAUACGCAGCUGAGAGACCCGGCGGGGGUCUCGCCUUGCGAGCUGGCCGAGGCAGUACAAGCUGCUCGCUCGCAGGGGCUGUGA